AUUCAAUUCGUUUUCGAUUGUUUCUCUUGGGUGUUGCUUGUGACUUUUUCUUUUUGGAGGGAGGAAAGCUGUAACAUCUCUAUUCAGUAUACCUUUACUCGCUGGGUGUGUACGUAAUUAGUUCGUGGCUCAACCUUCGAAUGCUUGGUGGUAGAUUAGAAACAGGACGUCGCAAGCAUCGAAACGCCAAAGUCUUCGACGCCACCAGCCACGCGCUUGCCUAUUCUUCUGAUCCUUCCUCCAAAGCCCACAUACUGGCCCACUCAUUAAUGAAAUUCACUCGCCUGGUGCGACGUUCAUGACGUGAAUUUCGCAGACUGCAACAAUAAGGCUUGUCGCUAUACAAUCUCCAUUGCAGCAGAUCCGUAAUGUCAGGAACCCAGGUCACAAAGAGGAAACGCUCGUAUAAGUCUAGAACACGCACCGGCUGCAUAACAUGCAGAAUUCGACGUGUCAAAUGCGAUGAAGAACAUCCAAGUUGCCGGAAAUGUGUGUCGACUGGACGCAAAUGUGAUGGCUAUGUUGUGUCGAGAGCAGCCUCACCAAGUUGCUAUCGAGAUUUAAGUUUGAAUCUCUUCAAGCCUGGAGAGGAAGCUGGCGCAAUUGAGUUCUUCCUCAGAGUAUCGAUUGAUCAACUUUCGGGAAAUUCUCAGCCCGAAUUCUGGCGCCGUCACAUCAUACAAUUGGCUCAUCAAGAUACUGGAACACGGCAUGGCUUGCUAGCUUUGGCCCAUCUCCACAGAGACUUUACAAACCACAAGACACAGUCGACUCGAAAUCAAUCGGCCUUGAGACAUUACAAUAUCGCAAUUCAGCACCACGUCACUUCAAUGGUUGAGGGGCCACAGGACGCGAUGCAGUCGGGGUCUUUUAUAUCGACUGCAAUCAUAUUCAUCUGCGUCGAGCUGAUGCAAGGCCAUAUCGCCUCUGCUGUUUCGCUCUUGCAGCGCGCAGUCACCUUGAUCCCUGCCACUGCAACUCGCUUGAUCUCGCUACAUGAGGACCUGGUUGGUCGACUGCAGAUCCAAGCGAAGCGCCUUGUCAGCAAAGACUUGUGGGGCCCACAUGAUUCGCAACACAAGAAGAUUUGUCACAACCCAGGGUCGAAGCGAAAACCUGACUGGAAAAAUCCUUAUCAAAAUCUGUCGAAAGACGGAGCGGCUCUCUGCGAAGAACCGUCACUUUGGGAGAAAAUCCAAUGGGCAUGUUCUAUCACGGAGGUAGCGGAUGGCAUUGAGCAUGCUACCCUCAGCGCGCGUGAACGCGCCGCAGCCGAUGUAGUACGGAUUCGAAAACUGCUCGUGACCACAUUCAUGCUUGCAGACGAGGUACAGUCUGCGCAAGAAGAAGAGAGAGCAGUGCUGAGCGAUUCUCUCCUCCCUAUCUAUCGUGCUAUCAUCGCCUUAGCUGAGAGAAUCAUGGGACUCUCACCUCUGGAGCAGAACAACACGCUGCCCCACACUCCAUGUUUCACUCUCGACAUGGGAAUUAUCGGACCAUUGUACGAAGUCGCCUGGCGUUGCCGCGAUCCCGAGAUACGCAGACGGAUCAUCGACUUGUUGCGAAGAAGCAACCGACAAGAAGGCUUGCUGAGGAGUUCGAUCUAUGCUCGAAUAGUGGAAACAAUUGUGGAUAUCGAAGAGGGUGGUCUCUCCCCAGUCUUGAAGAGUGGCGAUAUACCUCUCUGCGCACGCAUGGCUAAGCCCUCUCUUUCUUUCGAUCUCACAACCUCGAAGCUCUUUAUCUCAUAUAGACUAUUGCUAGCCAGUGAUCUAGACACACUAUAUUGUCGCGAGAUCACGGGAAUUGAUUGAAAAAUCCAUGGAGUGGAACCAGCCACGAAAAAGACUUCCUUUGUCCGCAAAAGGGUUGUGGGCCGUGAACUAUGAUAAUCAGGAUGAUUUGCGCACUAUAGUUGACCACCAAACACCGCCGACAAACUUUCGGCAUGGUUAGAUUGUACCCCUGACAAGUACAUCAAUAAACCGCAUACACACAGCUGGCGGAAAGCAUCGUUAGGGAGAUAUUCUGUCACCCUGAUCUCACAAGACAACAACUUGCAUCGGGAACACUGGUCUGACGAAGGUUAUGUCUAGCGGAUGUACCCACGUAUCUGCGUAUAGUGGAUACGGCGCUCUAUCACGACCUAGGCUUCCUUGGUCGCGCGAGUUUGACAUUUAAGGAAGGUGCAAUGAUGUCUAGAUAGCAGUGUAUCAUAGUUGCCGCAAUGUAGCAGGCAGUUGUCCUUAC